CAUAUAUUUAUUAAAGUAGGCAGAGAUUCGCAGGAAAAUAUCAGCUGGCAUGGAGAAGCAAAGCAUCAAACUGUGCGUCCUGCUGAGCACUUUGGCCGCAUCAGUGCAAACUAACCAGCUCCAAGAGGCCACUGUGUACUGGGAUGUUGCCCAGAAAAGUGUGAUCCUGAAAGAGGGGGUGAUGGAGACAGAGGGGGGAGCCUACGGUUACUUCAAUGACACCCUGCUCCUCUCUGGAUGGGGGGUCUUGGAGAUCUGCGCGGGUCAUGGGGGAAUGACACAGGAGGAUGAGACCACCUUCUUCCUAGCGGGGUACCUGGAGGGUUACCUCACUGCUGGACAGAUGUUCAAUCAUUACUCCAACAUGUACCCCCAACUCGUAAAGGAUGAGAAGGUCUUGAAUCCCCUGAAAAGGUUUUUAAGCAAACAGGACCAGUGGGCCAGAGAGCAGGUGAAACUGAAGAGAUACAGUGACCCCCAGUGGAAGCAUCUGGGACUGAUCCUGGCCCAGCUGGACGGACUCCAUGCCGGAGCUGCAGAGUGGGCCAAAAGCAACCAUAGAGAGCCUCUGUCUGCGUUCACCUUCCAGUUUCUGAAUGGCGUCGGCGACCUCCUGGACCUCAUCCCAGCUCUGACGCCUCGCUCCAACUCCUCCACAGGGACCGGCACUUUUAGGAUGCCAGGAAUGGGCCACUGCACUGCUCUCAUUAAGGUGCUGCCAGGCUUUGAAAACCUACUGUUUGGCCACUCUAGCUGGUACACGUAUGCAGCCACCAUGCGAAUCUAUAAACACUGGGAUAUCAGGGUGUCUGACACACACACCGCCACCGGAAAGAUGUCAUUCAGCAGCUACCCUGGCUUCCUGAUGUCUCUGGAUGACUUCUACCUGCUUGGGAGCGGCCUGCUGAUGACUCAGACCUCCAUCGGUGUUUUCAACGCCUCUCUGUUCUCCCAGCUCAGCCCUCACAGCCUACUGGCCUGGCAGAGAGUCCGCCUGGCCAACAGCCUGGCGCACAGCGGAGAGGAGUGGGCACACGUCUUCUCCAAAUACAACUCAGGUACAUAUAACAGUCAGUACAUGGUGGUGGACCUCGACAGGGUUUCUCUGGGUCACAGUAUCAGGGAUGGAGCUCUGACUGUGGUGGAGCAGAUUCCUGGGAAGGUGAUGCACUCUGAUCAGACUCAAGCUUUACGCAGAGGUUAUUGGCCAUCAUACAACAUACCAUUUCAUGCUGAAAUCUACAACCUGAGUGGGUACGGUGUGAUGUGGAAAAGAUACGGAGAGGAUUUCUCUUACGACCUCUGUCCCCGAGCCAAAAUCCUCCGCAGGGACCAGGCCAAGGUGUCUGACCUCAGCUCCCUCAAACACAUCAUGAGAUACAACAACUACAAGAGAGAUCCCUACUCCAAGGGCCAUCCAUGUAAAACCAUCUGUUGUCGGAACGACCUGAGACCAAGGAGACCACGUCCAGGAGGGUGCUAUGACACUAAGGUGACGGACUACCAGAUGGCUGUCCAGCUGGUAGCGGAGGCAGUAAAUGGCCCCACGACACAGGGGGGGCUGCGUCCGUUCUCAUGGCAAUCCUUCAACCUCACGACUCAUCAGGGGCUCCCACACACCUACAACUUUCCCUUCGUCACUAUGAGGCCCACACUGCGUCAGCCCUGAGAGCACAGAGACAGAAGAUAUCACCCAUCCAGGAACAACUAGUCAGGCUUCCCUGUUUAAAUCAGCAAUACAGACUUUGUCACGACACUAGACAUCCUGGUGCACCUGUGAUUACUGGGCACAAUGUAACAGCUUGGCAAAAUAUGGUAAACUGUCUCUCUAAUUUGGACAAAAUAUAAUUGAAUUGUAAGUGCAGCACUAGUGCAAAUUCUCCAACUGUGCAAUAUUAUAACUAAAAAUGAGUCAUGAAAGGGUUAAAUACAAUCACAGGACAAUAUGAAUGACUUCUUCUCCCAUUGUCAAAUAUGCAGUCUGCAUAAAUUUAGUGUUAUAAUCACUUUUAAAGCUGAUUAAUGCAAAUUUAAGGUAGAAAGACAGUUUGAUUGUUUGACAUUAAACACUAACCAUUAGUAUAUUAUCCUAAAAUGCAUUUUGUUUGUAUGUUUAACUGAGCACCAGCCAUUAGCCACAAGAUGAUCCUGUUAGAAUCACUGCAGCUCUCAUUUCUCAGUGUCCAUCCAAGAGUGGCUGCAUUAUGACAGUGCACUCAACAGUGGUGUCUCACAAAUUGUGUAAAGGUUUGAUCCACACCAUUUGGGAUUGUAGCCAUCAGGGAAAUGCUAUUCACCUUUUUUUUGUCUCCAAUAAAUACUAAUUUAUCUGUUUUGAUGUGUUUUUCCAAGUUCUAUGCAAUGUUUACUCAGGUUUAUACA